GAGAGAGAGAGUGCAGGACCCUGGGAUAAGAGCAACGAAAGAAAAAGAGGAGAGAAAAACGGAACAACGACACAAAUGGCACUCAUGGCAGGGAUUUUGUUCACGGCCACCUUUCUUGUUUUUGGGAUAUCUACAUUUGUUUCGUCGGCACGGAUAUACCCCCCAAAUGAAGUCACGUUAUUGGACUCCAGAGCUGUACAGGGGGAGCUGGGAUGGGUCGCCAACCCGACAGAAGGAGGGUGGGAGGAAGUGAGUAUUAUGGAUGAGAAGAACAUUCCCAUUCGGACGUACCAGGUGUGUAACGUCAUGGAGCCAAACCAGAACAACUGGCUCCGCACGGACUGGAUCCCCCGCGGUGGUGCCCAGCGCGUCUACAUCGAGAUCAAGUUCACCCUCCGAGACUGCAACAGCCUCCCGGGGGUCAUGGGAACCUGCAAGGAAACCUUCAACCUUUACUACUACGAGUCCAACAACGACAAAGAGCGCUACAUCCGCGAGAACCAGUUCGGCAAGAUCGACACCAUCGCCGCCGACGAGAGCUUCACGCAGGUGGACAUCGGCGAUCGCAUCAUGAAGCUGAACACGGAGGUGCGAGACGUGGGCGCCUUGACCCGCAAGGGCUUCUAUUUGGCCUUCCAGGAUGUCGGAGCGUGCAUUGCGCUCGUGUCUGUCAGGGUCUUCUACAAGAAAUGCCCUUUAGCGGUGCGUAACUUGGCCCAGUUUCCUGACACCAUCACUGGAGCCGAUACCUCCUCGCUUGUGGAAGUUCGUGGCUCGUGCGUGGAUAAUUCAGAGGAGAAGGAGGUUCCCAAGAUGUACUGCGGGGCCGACGGAGAGUGGUUGGUGCCCAUUGGGAACUGCCUGUGCAACCCUGGAUAUGAGGAGCGCAAUGCAGAAUGCCAAGCCUGUAAGAUCGGUUACUACCGCGCUCUGGCCACUGAUGGCUCCUGCUCCAAGUGUCCGCUCCACAGUUACUCCGUCAGGGAGGGAUCCACCUCCUGCGUCUGCGACAAGGGAUACUUUCGCUCGGAAACAGACCCGGCAUCCAUGGCCUGCACCCGUCCUCCGUCGGCGCCCGUCCACCUCAUCUCCAAUGUGAACGAGACCUCUGUAAACCUGGAGUGGAGCCCGCCGCGCAGCUCGGGGGGACGCCAGGACUUGACAUACAAUGUGGUGUGUAAGCGCUGCGGGCCCGACGGCCGGCGCUGUCAGCCCUGCGGUAACGGCAUCCACUUCAGCCCCCAGCAGCUGAGCCUGAAGGGAACCAGGGUGUCCAUCAACGAGCUGCAGGCCCACACCAACUACACCUUCGAGGUGUGGGCGGUGAACGGAGUCUCCCCUCAGAGCCCCGGGCCGGAGCAGGCGGUGUCGGUGACCGUCACCACCAACCAGGCCGCUCCCUCUCCAGUGACUUCCAUCCAGGCGAAGGAUAUCACAAGACACACCAUCUCACUGGCCUGGCAGCCACCGGAUAGAGCCAACGGGGUCAUCUUAGAGUAUGAAGUCAAGUACUAUGAGAAGGACCAAAAUGAAAGAAGCUACCGAAUAAUCAAAACAUCAUCGAGGAACACCGACAUCAAGGGCCUCACCCCCCUCACUUCCUACGUGUUCCACGUCCGCGCUCGCACAGCGGCGGGUUACGGGGAAUUCAGCGGCCCGUUUGAGUUCAUGACCAACUCCGUCCCAGCUCCCAUUAUCGGCGAUGGGGCCAACUCCACAGUGUUAUUGGUGUCAGUGGUGGGCAGCGUGGUCCUCCUCAUCAUCCUCAUCAGCGCUUUCGUCAUCAGCCGAAGAAGGAGUAAGUACAGCAAGGCCAAGCAGGACUCUGAUGAAGAAAAGCACUUACAUCAAGGAGUGAGGAUAUACGUCGACCCCUUUACCUACGAGGACCCGAACCAAGCCGUGCGCGAGUUCGCCAAAGAGAUCGACGCCUCCUGCAUCAAGAUCGAGAAAGUCAUCGGCAUCGGGGAGUUCGGCGAGGUCUGCAGCGGCCGCCUGAAGAUGCCGGGCAAGAGGGAGAUCUGCGUGGCCAUCAAGACUCUGAAGGCCGGCUACACCGACAAGCAGAGGAGGGACUUCCUGUCCGAGGCCAGCAUCAUGGGCCAGUUCGACCACCCGAACAUCAUUCACCUGGAGGGCGUGGUCACCAAAUGUAAGCCAGUGAUGAUUAUCACAGAGUACAUGGAAAAUGGAUCGCUGGAUGCAUUCCUGCGGAAGAACGACGGGCGCUUCACCGUCAUCCAGCUGGUCGGCAUCCUGCGUGGCAUCGCGUCGGGCAUGAAGUACCUGUCAGACAUGAGCUACGUCCACCGCGACCUCGCCGCUCGCAACAUCCUGGUCAACAGCAACCUGGUGUGCAAGGUGUCCGACUUCGGCAUGUCCCGGGUGCUGGAGGACGACCCCGAGGCUGCAUACACCACCAGGGGAGGGAAGAUCCCCAUCCGCUGGACGGCCCCAGAGGCCAUCGCUUACAGGAAGUUCACCUCGGCCAGCGACGUGUGGAGCUACGGCAUCGUCAUGUGGGAGGUGAUGUCAUACGGCGAGCGGCCAUACUGGGACAUGAGCAACCAAGACGUAAUCAAGGCUAUUGAUGAGGGCUAUCGGCUGCCACCGCCUAUGGACUGCCCCGUGGCGCUCCACCAGCUCAUGCUGGACUGCUGGCAGAGAGAGAGGGCCGACCGGCCAAAGUUUGGACAGAUCGUCAACAUGCUGGACAAGCUGAUCCGCAACCCCAACACUCUGAAGAGGACCGGGGGAGAGACCGCAGUCAGUCGGCCCAACACCACCCUGCUGGAGCCAGGGAGCCCCGAGGCGUCCUCGGCCGUGGGCACAGUGGAGGACUGGCUGCAGGCCAUCGGCAUGGAGAGAUACUGCGACAACUUCACCGCCGCCGGCUACACCACUCCAGAGGCUGUGGUCCACAUGACACAAGAGGACAUGGCUCGCAUAGGUAUCUCCUCGGCAGCACACCAGAACAAGAUCCUGACCAGCGUCCAGGGAAUGCUGUCCCAAAUGCAACAGAUGCAAGGCAGAAUGGUUCCCGUCUGAGAGAU